CUGCGGCUUCCCUCGGACCCGUUUCCCUGCGGUCCAGCUGGGCCCUGAUCCCGGGAGGCUGGGGGCCGGGGGUCCGCGCGGAGCGGUCGGAGCGCGCCGGAACUGGGAAGGGGCCCCAGGAGGCAGGCCGCGGCCACGUCAUGCCCAAGGUCACGCUGCAAACGGCAGCUGUAGAGAUGUCGCUCUAACAGCGGGCUACCUGGACUUUGUCGCCAUCGAGCCCUGGAGGAUCUUCUGCUUUGAGGAAGUGCCACAGCUCUGACCCACGAGGCCUGGAAAGAGAGGACCUUUAGGUUGGGUGUGCAGGGUGGGGGCGUGGUCUCCUCCGGCUCAGUUUCUCUCUAGCCGCUGGCAGACUCGGGGUGGACUUGCCCUGCUCUGAUAGGCCCAUGGCACAUCGGCUACAGAUACGACUGCUGACGUGGGACGUGAAGGACACGCUGCUCCGGCUGCGCCAGCCCGUGGGAGAAGAAUAUGCCACCAAGGCCCGGGCCCACGGGCUGGAGGUGGAGGCUGCCACUCUGGGACGCGCCUUCAGGCAGGCCUACAGGACUCAGAGCCACAGCUUCCCCAACUACGGCCUGAGCCAAGGCCUCACCUCCCGCCAGUGGUGGCUGGAUGUGGUCUCACAGACCUUCCACCUCGCAGGCGUUCCAGAUGCCCAGGCUGUGGCCCCCAUCGCUGAGCAGCUAUACGAGGACUUCUGUAAGCCCGGCACCUGGCAGGUGUUGGAGGGGGCCGAGGCCACCCUGAGAGGGUGCCGAAAACGAGGUCUGAGGCUGGCGGUGGUCUCCAACUUCGACCAGCGACUGGAGGGCAUCCUGAGGGGGUUGGGCCUGCGGGAACACUUUGACUUUGUGCUGACUUCUGAGGCUGCCGGCUGGCCCAAGCCUGACCCCCGGAUUUUCCACGAGGCCUUGCGGCUUGCUCGAGUGGACCCGGCAGUAGCAGCCCAUAUUGGGGACAGUUAUCACUGUGAUUAUAAGGGGUCACAGGCUGUAGGUAUGCGCAGCUUCCUGGUGGUUGGCCCAGAGCCUUUGGACCCUGCAGUCAAGGCUUCUAUACCCCAAGAAUGCCUCCUCCCCUCAUUGUCCCAUCUCCUGCCUGCCCUUGACCGCCUGCAGGGCUCACCUCUGGAACUUUGAGUCUGAUGAGGGAAGUGGCUCCAGCAAACUUUGGAGCUUGAGAGCGCCUUCCUUCCUGAGACCUGGCCUUUGCCCCUCUCCUUCCGGUGUCCAAAUGCGCUCUGACUAUAAAGCCGUGAAUACGGCCCUUUGAGCCCUG